AGUAUUCUACCCAUCAAAGUAAUAGAAACAAAAAUAACAAAAUGCGAAUUCUUGUUUUCUUCUUGUUUAUUCACUGUCUGAAUAUUAGCUUCAUCGAUGGCGGAAUAUUAUCAGAACAAAAAGCAUUGUUAGCUAUUAAAUCUGCCAUUAAAGAUGAUCCUUUUAAAAGACUAUCAUCUUGGAAAAACACUACUCACCAUUGCAAUUGGUCGUUCGUCACUUGCUCUUCGUCUUCUCACUCUCCCACUGUCGUUUCCCUAGACUUCUCCUACUUACAUCUCAAUGGUACUCUCUCUCCUCAAAUCGGUUUUCUUACAAACCUGCAAAACCUAUCUCUCCAAGAUAACUAUUUUUAUGGGCAUGUCCCGUCUUCUCUUCCUCUCCUUACAAAACUCCAAUAUCUCGACCUUAGCUAUAACAGCUUUAGUGGUCCACUCCCUUUAUUUGAUAAUAUGUCGGAGCUUCGGUGCCUUUCCCUUCGUGAGAACGACUUUUCUAGGAAAAUAUCGCCAGAGUUUAGUAAACUUCAAAAGCUUCAAGUUUUGGAUCUUUCUUUCAACAAUCUUUCGGGAUUACUUCCUUAUGAAUUAGGACUCUUAAAAAGGUUGAAAAGUUUAGAGUUAUCCAUUAAUCAAUUACAUGGUGAGAUACCAAAUUCUUUUUCUCUUCUUACAAAUUUGAUUGGUUUGGAUUUAUCAAAUAAUCAAUUACAUGGUGAAAUACCAAAUUCUUUUUCUCUUACAAAUUUGAAAUUUUUGUGUUUAUCAAAUAAUCAAUUACAUGGUGAGAUACCAAAUUCUUUUUCUCUUCUUACAAAUUUGACUCAUUUGGAUUUAUCAUAUAAUCAAUUAAAUAGUGAGAUACCAAAUUCUUUUUCUCUUCUUACAAAUUUGAAUUUUUUGUUUUUAUCAAAUAAUCAAUUACAUGGUGAGAUACCAAAUUCUUUUCCUCUUCUUACAAAUUUGAGUGUUUUGGAUUUAUCAAAUAAUCAAUUACAUGGUGAGAUACCAAAUUCUUUUUCUCUUCUUACAAAGUUGAUAUAUUUGAAUUUAUCAAAUAAUCUUUUACAUGGUGAGCUACCAAAUUCUUUUUCUCUUCUUACAAAUUUGAAUAUUUUGUGUUUAUCAAUUAAUCAAUUACAUGGUGAGAUACCAAAUUCUUUUUCUCUUCUUACAAAUUUGAAUUCUUUGUUUUUAUCAAAUAAUCAAUUACAUGGUGAGAUACCAAAUUCUUUUUCUCUUCUUACAAAUUUGAGUUAUUUGGAUUUAUCAUAUAAUCAAUUACAUGGUGAGAUACCAAAUUCUUUUUCUCUUCUUACAAAUUUGAAUAUUUUGAAAUUAUCAAAUAAUCAAUUACAUGGUGAGAUACCAAAUUCUUUUUCUCUUCUUACAAAUUUGAGUUAUUUGGAUUUAUCAAAUAAUCAAUUAUAUGGUGAGAUACCAAAUUCUUUUUCUCUUCUUACAAAUUUGAAUCAUUUGGAUUUACAAAUUAUAUGGUCAAUUGCCUGUCAACAUUGGAAAGCUUACGAGUCUUUAUUAUUUGGUGGUUGCAUUCUUUCACAUUUGUCAUGCAUUCCAGAAUACAAUAUCACGAAUUUUAAAAACUCUUCUAUCUGCAACUUGGUUGGAAUCCUUGAUUUAUCUUAUAACAAGUUUAAUGAAGAUGUUCGUCAUUGCUUGGGCAAUACUAGUAAUGGAUUAAUUGUAUUGAAUCUCCAAUCAAAUAAUUUCAAGGGCACCAUUCCAUCAGCAUUUUCUACUUGUGAUUUAUUGGAAUAUGUAGAUUUCACUGACAAUCAGUUAGAAGGAGCUAUACCCAGGUCUUUAUCUAAAUGUAGAAACCUGAAAGUCCUAAAUUUGAGGAACAACAAAUUCAAAGAUGUUUUCCCCUAUUGGUUAGGUAACCUUCCGUAUCUAGAGGUUCUCAGCCUAUCCUUUAAUAAAUUUCAUGGUGAUAUAACCAACAAUUUAUCAAAGAUUGUUACAUUUUCUUUUUCAAAUCUACAAAUUCUCGACCUUUCAAACAAUAAUUUCUGUGGUAAGUUGCCAUUCAUGUACAUCAAACAAUUUCGUUCCAUGAUGGAUACCAACAUGUUUACUAUAGGAAGACCACGGUACUUAAAUGGUGGAGGUGAUGAUUAUUAUAUGUUCUCCAUCAAGAUGACAGUAAAAGGGGUGGAACUAGAUUAUAAGAAGAUAAUUACUUCUAUGUCAACAUUUGAUAUGUCUAAUAAUCACUUUGAAGGAGAGAUUCCAAAUUCUAUAGGGAUGUUGCGAGCACUUCGAAAUCUUAAUCUCUCGCAUAACCUCCUUACCGGAAACAUCCCUCUAUCCUUCGGGAACUUAUCAUCGUUGGAAGGUUUAGACCUAUCAUCAAAUAGGCUUUUCGGUGAAAUCCCUCAAGAACUUGUUAGUUUAACAUUUCUCGAGGAUUUUAAUGUUUCAUAUAAUCAACUGGAAGGGCCUAUACCCCAUGGUAACAAUUUUAAUACCUUCUCAUCUGAUUCAUACGAGGGAAAUCUUGAAUUGUGUGGAGCGCCAUUACUUGAAUGCAAAAACAAUAUUGUUGUGCAAACUUUGAACAAUGAUAAUGUGGAAGAAAAAACAGAAUUAUCGAUGUGGAAAGUUGUAGUGAUUGGAUUUGGAAGUGGUACAAUAGUUGGUUUGGCUUGGGGGUACUAUACAUUGUCAGUGGGGAAGCCUUUUUGGCUUUUUAAAUUGUUGAACAAGAUGGAAUGGGCUUUACUUGAUUUUCAUAACCACCAUUUCUGUAGAAGAAGUAGAACAAGAAGAACAAAGAACUAA